UGUAACGCAAAUAGUUAAGUAUAAAUAUACAAAAUUCAAAUAAAAUGUAAGAUUUUAAAUUGAUAAUAUUUAAAUUAUUAAAUAAAAAAUUGUUUAAGUCAAAUCAUCAAUGGACGAUUGUCAAAAUCCAGAAGGACAUGAAGACGAAGUCUCUGACCAUAAUAACAAUGCUGAAAAUGAUAAAGAUGGUGUAGAAAAUCCAGGAGUGUAUUUAAUUGAAGUAACACGAGAAACAAUUGGAAUAUAUGAUGAUGAAGUCCCCUUAUCCGAGCAAGCUUCUGCACCCAAAAACAAUCUUGCAGGAGAAAUAUCUGAUGAUGGUGUCCCUUUAUCCUUGCAAAGAACUCCUGCAAUCAAAAAAAGACACCUGGUGGAAAUGUCUGAUGACAAAGUUCCUUUAUCCCUGGCAUCCAAAAACAAACCCAUAUCCCAAACGUCUGAUGACCAUAAUAACAAUGCUGACAAUGAUAAAGAUGGUCCAGAAAGUCCAGGGGUGUAUUUAAUUGAAGUAGAGCUAGAAACAAUUGUAAUAUCUGAUGAUGAAGAACCCUUAUCCGAGCAAGCUUCUACACCCAAAAACAAUCUUGCAGGAGAAAUAUCUGAUAAUGGUGUCCCUUUAUCCUUGCAAAGAACUCCUGCAUCCAAAAAAAGACACAUGGUGGAAAUGUCUGAUGACAAAAUUCCUUUAUCCCUGGCAUCCAAAAACAAUCCCAUAUCCCGAAUGUCUGAUGACCAUAAUAACAAUGCUGAAAAUGAUAAAGAUGGUCCAGAAAGUCCAGGGGUUUAUUCAAUUGAAGUAAAACGAGAAACAAUUGAAAUAGCAGAUGAUGCAGUCCCCUUAUCCAAGCAAGCUUCUGCACCCAAAAACAAUCUUGCAGGGAAAAUAUCUGAUGAUGUUGUCCCUUUAUCCUUGCGAAGAACUCCUGCAUCCAAAAAAAGGCACCUGGUGGAAAUGUCUGAUGACAAAGUUCCUUUAUCUCUGGCAUCCAAAAACAGUCCCAUAUCCCAAAUGUCUGAUGACCAUAAUAACAAUGCUGAAAAUGAUAAAGAUGGUCCAGAAAGUCCAGGGGUGUAUUCAAUUGAAGUAAAACGAGAAACAAUUGAAAUAGCAGAUGAUGCAGUCCCCUUAUCCAAGCAAGCUUCUGCACCCAAAAACAAUCUUGCAGGGAAAAUAUCUGAUGAUGUUGUCCCUUUAUCCUUGCGAAGAACUCCUGCAUCCAAAAAAAGGCACCUGGUGGAAAUGUCUGAUGACAAAGUUCCUUUAUCUCUGGCAUCCAAAAACAGUCCCAUAUCCCAAAUGUCUGAUGACCAUAAUAACAAUGCUGAAAAUGAUAAAGAUGGUCCAGAAAGUCCAGGGGUGUAUUCAAUUGAAGUAAAACGAGAAACAAUUGAAAUAGCAGAUGAUGCAGUCCCCUUAUCCAAGCAAGCUUCUGCACCCAAAAACAAUCUUGCAGGGAAAAUAUCUGAUGAUUUAUCCUUGCGAAGAACUCCUGCAUCCAAAAAAAGGCACCUGGUGGAAAUGUCUGAUGACAAAGUUCCUUUAUCUCUGGCAUCCAAAAACAAUCCCAUAUCCCAAAUGUCUGAUGACCAUAAUAACAAUGCUGAAAAUGAUAAAGAUGGUCCAGAAAGUCCAGGGAUGUAUUCAAUUGAAGUAAAACGAGAAACAAUUGAAAUAUCUGGUGAUGAAGUCCACUUAUCCGAGCAAGCUUCUGCACCCAAAAAGAAUCUUGCAGGAGAAAUAUCUGAUGAUGGUGUCCCUUUAUCCUCGCAAAGAACUCCUGCAUCCAAAAAAAACACCUGGUGGAAAUGUCUGAUGACAAAGUUCCUUUAUCCCUGGCAUCAAAAAACAAACCCAUAUCCCAAACGUCUGAUGACCAUAAUAACAAUGCUGAAAAUGAUAAAGAUGGUCCAGAAAGUCCAGGGGUGUAUUUAAUUGAAGUAGAGCUAGAAACAAUUGUAAUAUCUGAUGAUGAAGAACCCUUAUCCGAGCAAGCUUCUGCACCUAAAAACAAUCUUGCGAGGAAAAUAUCUGAUGAUGUUGUCCCUUUAUCCUUGCGAAGAGCUCCUG